AUGGCGCCUCCCCCUUCCACCCUCUGGCACGACGACCUCCUCCGCCACCGCCGCGCCUACCUCCUCACAACCAUCGCAUCCUUCGGCGGCAUGCUCUUCGGCUGGGACACAGGCCUCAUAGGCGGCGUGCUCACCCUGUCGUCCUUCCAGCGCAGCUUCGCCCUCGACCCCGCCUCCCCCGAAUUCGCAAAUCUCUCCGGGAAUAUCGUUGCCGUGCUGCAGGCUGGGUGCUUCUUUGGCGCCAUGGCGAGUUUCUACCUCAGCGAUGCGUUUGGGCGGAAGCGGGCGUUGAUUUUCGCGGGGGUGGUUUUUCUGGUGGGGAGUGUGGUGCAGAGUUGUGCUGGGUUGAGGGGUGCCGGGGGGUUGAGGGAGUUGUAUGUUGGGAGGGUGGUUGGGGGGUUUGGGGUCGGGGUGGUCAGUGCGGUUGUGCCGACUUAUAUUGGGGAGAAUGCGAAUCGGGAGAUUCGUGGGAGGUGUGUUGGGGCGAUGCAGUUGUUUAAGUGAGUUGAGACACUUUCCUUACAUCUUCCUUCUUUCUCCCUCUUACUGAUAGAGAUGGUUGGCUGACAUGUCUUGUUUGGGGGAGAAAUAGUGUCACGGGUAUCAUGCUCUCCUACUUCGUAAGUAGCCCUUCUCGAAUAUCCCCCCCUUCCUUAUGUCCGACCUUUCUAAACCUCUCGACGCCUCCAGGUGAACUUCGGCGUCAACCGGAGCAUCCCCUCGACCGAAUCCAAACAAUGGCGAAUCCCCUUUGCGCUCCAAAUGCUGCCCGGCGCCCUCCUCCUGGCCGGCAUUGUCUUCCAAAACGAAUCCCCGCGCUGGCUCGUGGAAAAGAACAGAAUAGCCGAGGCACGCGAAGCCCUCGCGCAGGUCCGAUCGAAAGCCCUCGACGACCCGGAAGUCGACCGGGAAUUAGAAGAGAUUGUACGGGAUUUCCACGGCCAUGAGAAGCUGCCGUUGCUCGCGCAGAUGCGAGCCACGUGUACGGAUGGGAAAGUGUUUUAUACCUUCUCCAUGGGUGUGAUUUUGAUGUUUUGGCAACAAUGGUGAGUGUUCCAUCUUGCCCCAUGGGGCGGGAACAAAGCGUCCUCCAAAACGGCUGAUGAUUUUCUCUCUUUUCUGCAUCCAUCCAGGACGGGAACGAACAGUAUCAAUUACUACUCUCCCCAAAUCUUCAAAUCCGUCGGCCUCACGGGGACGUCUGCCGGGCUGUUCGCGACGGGCAUCUACGGCGUCGUCAAGGUCGUCAUCACCGCCCUGGGCCUCAUGUUCGCCACGGAGCAGUUGGGACGCAAGUGGUCUCUCAUCCUCGGCGGACUGGGCCAGGCUUUCAGCAUGUACUAUAUCGGCAUCAACCAGGCGGUGAACCCGGUCGCGCCCGGAGCGGGAUUGAACGGCACGAGCACGUUUGCCAUUGUGUGUGUCUAUCUGUUCGUGGUGUUCUAUUCCUUUGGCUGGGGCCCGAUUCCGUUUGUGUUGGCGGCCGAGUGUGCGCCGAAUCAUGUGAGAUCGUUGACGAUGGCGGCGAGUCUGAUGACGCAGUGGUGAGUAGAGUAGCUGUUUCUGUUUCUGGGGUUUGCUAAUAAGCGCCCUGAGAUAUGAGAGAGAGAGAGAGAGAGAGAGAGAGAGAGGUGUGUGUGAGACUGAUGCUGACGGGUUUCUGUGGGAUUAUAGGCUCUUCAAUUUCGUCAUUGCGAAACUGACGCCGAUCAUGUUGGCCGAUAUCACCUAUGGCACGUUCUUACUCUUCGGGAGUUGUUGUCUUCUCAUGGUCAUCUAUACCAUCUUCUGCGUCCCGGAGACGAAGGGGGUGCCGCUCGAGAGCAUGCAUCUCCUCUUCGAGAGAAACAUCGUCCAGGGCGCGCUGGGCGAUAUGUUUCCGAAGCGGAGCCGGGCACGCGUGCUGCAGCAUCGCACGGAUGUUGAUGGGGAGGAGGAGGGGAAUGGGAAGGAUGUGGAUUCGGCUUCGGCGAAGCAUGUUGAGGUUGGGGAGAGGGAUGUGACAGCGACGGCGACGGCGACGGAUGGGGUUGAUCCGAAGCGUAUGAAUUUUUGUCUUGAUCGUGGUGGGAGGGCUUAG